AUGAACAAGCUGAACAGGAGCCUGGAGGGUGUCAUCGCCGUGGGCAAUGAGUUCAGCCAAGUCGAAGGCUUAUGGUCGCAGUUCGAAAAUGUCAUGGCCAAGGAGCCCGCAAAGGAAGAGUCCAAGGAUGUCAGAGAAGGCGCUGCGGAUGAGCAAGCGCGAUGA